AUGGCUGAGCAACAGCAACAAGCAGCAGCCAGAGGGCCUUCGCCAGGAGACAUCAACAACCGGCUCAGCUCUCUGGAGAACGCAAAGCCUUCAAUCGAAGUGACUCAAUUCGUCGAACUGCAAUCAGUUGUGCAGGCCAUGAAGACCGAAGCCACGAAGCUUGACCUGGUCCCAGAACAGCUGAAACAGCUGCAAGCAACGGUCGCGCAGUACGACGAGAAGAUUGUGGGGGCUUCUUCAGAGAACGACAAACUCAAGACUGAGGUGGAUCGCCUCAUGUCUAUGAAGGAAGACGUCAAGAAAAUCAAAGAGCAGCAAGAGCAGCAGACUCAAGGACAGGCGUUAAGAACAGAAUCCAUCAAAAAAAUAACCCAAGCAGUAACUAAACCUGACGUUGCGAGGUUGGAGGCCAUUCAGACCAAGCAACAAACAACGAUUGAACAGCUGUCGACGAAAGUUAUUGGGAGCCAGGGGGACAUCGGAGGCAUAUUGGCGAGGGUUGAAACAAACAAGAAGAGCAUGAAAGACAUGUCGACGACAGUUGAUGCAGCCCAAAGGAUCACCAACGAGCUGGAGGUGUACAAUCUGCCGAAUUCGGAGGUUCUAAUGGAUAAAAUUGGCCAGGUCGAAAGGCAUGAGGCUAGAGCCUACCGCAAGUUUGGCACACUCGAGACUGACUUGACAAGGCUACGCGACGAACAGAAAGACUUGAAUAAGGACAUUGAAGAGUUCAUCGGGCUAAUCCGCGCCAGAUUUGUCGAAACGAACAGUACAAUCAUUCAGAGAAUCGUGGACCUGGAAGGUAGAGCACACUCUCUGCUAGCAGAGCAGGACAGGAUCUCAAAUCACGCAGGCAAGCAUCACAUCACCCCCAAGGAUUUUGAAGAACUUCAGGAAGUUGUUUCUGGGCUUGGAGAGGGCCAGGAGAAGUUGGUGAAAGACGUGACAGAGAUAAAGGUCAUCAUUGGUGAGCUUGAGAACGAAAGCCCGACCAAAUCCGCCCAGGGCGUGCAAGCGGAUCUCUCGAAGAAACGAAACACGGUCAUCGAUCAACUCAACGAGAUCCGGAAGGAGCAGGUCAGCCUCCACAGCCAACAGAAGUCUUACCAGACUGAGUGCGACAAACUAUCCGAGGAACAGACUAAAUUCAAGAAAAUUUCGAAGAGUCUUGAGUCCCGCGUUCCGGCUUUUGACAAGACCGUCGACCAGGUGAAGGUCCUAGCAAACGCACAGACGGAUCUUAACAAUGCACAAGAGGAGGCCCGACUCCGGAUCACUGCGCUAGAGACGGCUUCAGUUCCUGCCGCAACCCAGAGUCACUCCGGUAGAAAUGACCACGUCGACAUGGUCGCCGACUCGUCCAGGACUAAUGGCCUUGAGAACAGACUUCAUUCCGUUGAAGACCACAUUGGAGGGGCCGACGGACUGAGCACGCGCUGGGAGGUGUUCCAGAACAACAUUGGAAAGCUGAAAGAGGAUAUCGUCAGAUGCCAAGACGGCAUGGAAACUCUCCAGAACAGCAUCAUCGGUAUCUUUAAAGAGUUUUUCGACCCUUUCAAAGCAUCGGUUGAUGGGAAGCUCAUGGAGCAUGCCCAACAUCUUACGCAGGUCCAUGAGAGUUUGGCAAAUUUGCAAGGCAAAGUCGAAGAAUCGCGACGGGAAUGUCCAGCCGCUACGUUCUCAGCUCCCCAGCUGGCAUUGAUCCAGAGCAUGGUCCAGAGCGAGACCGAGGUCAAGCAAGACCUGUCUCAACUGAGAAACAUCGUGCAUACGGAGGCGGAACAGCGAAACGCAGCUGUUGAAGACCUGAAGCGGCAAGUAGCGGCAAAGCAGGAUAUCGUAGCCGCAACGCAAGUGGUUGAUGUUGUCAAGACUGCUGUGCGGAAUCUCCAGGCUCAGUAUGACAACAUAUCGACGGAUUCUCUCCACCAAAAGAUGGUACAUUGGUUCAUGCAAAACUACUCCCAAUCCUCAGCAAAUAUGGCCCAGCUCGCUGUGAUACAGCACGAGGUCACCCAGCUGCGGAAGUUCACAGACGUGAUCACUCGUAUUCCAAACAGCGCACAAACACUAGGCUCACUUGCGCAAAUCGGCCCACAGCUCACAGCGCUGGCUCAGCUAUCGCCGGCUACUGAAGGAGCACCUGGGCUACUGGCAAAGACUAGCGAGUCGUUGAAAACGGCUAUACCCUCCUUUGACUCGAACCACUCCCCUAUUGUAAGAGCGGAAUCACUGACGGCCCUCGAAAAAUCGAUUGCCACGUUACAAACUGAACUUAAAGCUAGUAUUGACAACGCCCGCAAAGAGUUCGAGACCAAGGCUAGCAAGGAGCACGACCAACGGGUCCAUGCCGAAACCUCCAUGAAUGCUUCGAUCCAGGAUCUGAUCAAGACGACUGAGAAAGGAGUCGAUGAGCGCGAGAAAGCAGAGCAGGAGAUUCUGUCUACUAGCAUUGAGAUGUUCAAGGAGCUCGAGAAGGGUCAGAUGAAGACGCAAUCCGACCAGAUGGUGCAGCUUCAGAAGGCGCUAGGUCAGCUCCGCUCCGAUCUCGACAAAGCGCUCAACGACUUCAACGAUCCCAGGAACAAGGAGCUCCUUGGUUGGCUCCCAAGUCUGUUCCUGCACGUCGGCCAAUUGCAGUGGGUCGUCGAGGACUUAAACCAAAACUUGCCGAAAGGAGGAUUUAAGGUCGAGUGGAACUUUGAUUGGAAAGACAAGUUCCCUGUGCCCUCACCCUUCCCAGAUAGCGGUGACACUGCGGGCAAGGGCAAAGGCAAGAAGCAGGCAUAA